UGAAAAUGAUCCCAACCAGAACCAUUCUCCUCUCGUUUCUAACAGUUUGCUGCGUCGGCUCGUUUCAAGUAAUGUUCGACUCGGUUGGCUCUUGCAGCAGCACCGGGUUGUUUGAGUGUAACAUGAGAGUCCGCAAGCUCAACCGAACAACGGCAGCACUGGUCGGAAAUCUUAGCCAAACGGAGGACGUUGGAAGCAAUUUUAAAGCACUGAUCGAACUGUUCCACAGCCCUUUGGGCAACAACCAGUUCUAUCGCUAUCCGAUGAAAAUUGGACCGAUUGGCACGUGCGCAUUUUUGGAGAAAUUCUGACAGGAUUGCUACGAGUACGUUGUCGAGUACAUCCCGAACGUCGCGAAGCCGGGCGAGUGCCCGCUUAGCGCCAGAAUCUACGCGAUCAACGACUGGAUCAUGGAUGCGCGGAUUCUUCCCCCGUACGUGCCCACCGGACUUUGGAGAGUGAUCCAGGUGAUGUGGGACAACUCGACGGGGCAGAGUUUCACGAUGGAGUUGAUUUUCAAAGUUUAUGAAGAUGGAUAUUUUU